GCUUAUUGUGCUUCGUCCUCCUUCGUCCGAGUCCCCUUGAAGAACAAUGAGGAUGUGGAGGACGUGCUGGGACAAUGAUGAUGUGGUUCUCAAAAGGAUAAAGAAUAGAUUGCUCCAGCGCUUCUCUCAGGGCUCUCUUUCUUGCUAAUUAUUCUAUCUUUCUCUCUUCACUGCUGACGACCGCCACUAGUUGGUGACUAGAUUUUUAUUCGCCGUCGCAGGUCGACUAUCAUCAUCUCAGAUGUCCUUCUCUUUUCGCACUCAAAGAGGAAUAUCUCCUCCGCCAGCAUAUCCAAUUCUUUCGCUCAUCUUCGUGAUAUUUAGGCUCCAGUUGUCAUCCCAAUCUGCUCAAACUGCUGUGGCUAAUGCAAAGGGUGACCUCUUGACCGCAUGUCAAGCAGCAGAGCAAGCUGCUACAGCUGCGGCUAGUGCUCCGCGGUAUAUGGCAAUUGCCUCAAAUCAGUUAAUCACGGAUACUAUCAAUGGCACCAUGAACGACGCGCGCGCAGCUCUGAUUCUCUCAUUGACUGUCAUGGAAGCAAUCAUCAACUUCCUUAUUGACAUCUACCGCUCUACGUUUUUAUGUUUCCUCGAACUGAUUGUUGGAGGUGGGCUUGCACUUCUCAUUGCUGCUGUUCAAGAGAUCACUUCUUUCUUGCAAAGUACCCUGACCAGCAUCGUGUCAGGUUUGCAGAACGAUGCCACUUCGCUCAACUCCGCCAUUACAACCAUAGUCGACGAGCUUAACAAGGUCAAUCCUUUCGGGAACAUCAAUGCGCCACAAUUCAAUGUCUCGAGCCUGGACUCUCUGUCCAGUAUCACUAUUCCAACGGAUUUUGAGAAUGCGUUGAUUCAGCUCAACAAUUCACUGCCGACUGUGUCGUCGAUCAAGAACUCUAUUGAAUCUCUCGUCGAUACACCUUUCGAGGCCGUGAAGUCUGAUAUCAAUAGCACGUUCCAAGGCCUUGUCUUUGAUGUAACGACACUUCCUAUCCCUGCUCAGAACUCGGUUUCAUUUUGCAACAAUUUGGACACGUCCUCAGUUGAUGAUCUCGGAAAUGACCUCCUCACGAUUACGAAGAUUUGCACCAUUAUAUUGAUUAUUCUUCUCCUCGCCCUGCUAGCAGGGCACUGUGCCCUCGAGUGGUACAAGUGGCGCUGCUUGCAGUUUCACCUCCGUCGCACUCGUGAGGCAUGGGUUUCUGAUCCCACCACGGUGUACACCGGCUCCGCUAGCGUCCCUUCUAUCACGCUCACUGACCACAAUCUCCUCAUGCUCCAGGCGGAUGCGCAACAUCCACUGCUUACUCGCAUAGCCAACACCCUCUCAGUUAAACUGCGCAUGUCCCCUUCACAACACACUCACCUGCGAUGGUUUCUGCACUACAUUUUCCAUGCGCCUGCACUUGCCUGCUUCUUGAUCGGUUUCUUUGGUCUAUUAUCCGUUCAAGUGCAGCUUCUUGCCGUCGGCCCUUUGGAAGCAAAGUACUCUGCACAAGCGGCUGCGAGUGUGCAGGAUCUCUCCAGCACGAUCUUCGCGCAGGUGAACAGUUCAAUGUACAACCAGUCCUCAUCGUACGCUGGCACCAUCAAUGCACGUGUUGAGACCGCUCAGUCCUCCGUCAACAACGGUCUGUUCGGCUGGGUUAAUGGCACCACCACGACACUCAAUACAACGCUGAACAACUUCUACACCGAUGUUCAGAAUAUCGUGGCGAGCGUGUUUAAUGGCACUGUCCUGGAGGACACUGCGCAGGACUUCGUUCGGUGCAUUAUCGGCUCGAAGGUCGAUGCACUCGAGGAGGCACUCACGUUCCUGAACGAGAACUUGAAUGUCGAUCUUCCGACUGUCAACGAGACCGUCUUGGUGCUUUCAUCGUCCGAUGUUAAUGAGAUCACUCAGCCAAUUGCAACCGCCGCGAUUGGUGGCGGGCAAAGUGACUCGAGUGGCCUCAUCGGAAAACUUGUGGCAACGUAUGUUGACUCCCUCAAGCAGGAGCGAAUCAUGUUUGUCCUGUUCCUGAUUCUCUGGGGCGUCGUCGUACUCAUGGGUCUUGCUGUUGUUUUAUGGCAUUCCUACGCGAGAAAUUGGGUUGAAGCGUACAAGAAGCGCAAAUGGCGCAAGGAGCAACGCGACGAUAUCGACGAUAUCAUAGCAGCCUUUCCCAAUGCACCGCCUAUCGUGCACGUCAGCAAGGAUGCGGAGAAGGGCGAGAAGACGCCUGAUUUAGGUCUUCGUUCGUUUACGCCUCUUCCUGAGCCGCGUUCAGCAUUCAGCCUUAAUCCAUUCAGCCGAUCUGCCAAUCAUCCGCUGAAAUCGCUUGAGCCUAGGUUUGAGAAAAGCUGGGAUAGCCUUGUCCGCCAGGGAGCUGAGCCGAAAGUUGAGCAGAACCAGCAGCCGUCGACACAUUCUCGCACCAUCAGCAGGCUGAUGCGUUUGAUGGGAGAGAGGAAGCAGGAUGGUGACAGUGGGGACAGAGAGGACUUUCCAAAGGUGGAAGAUGAACAACCCAAAUCGCACUGGUUCAAGCCCGUGACAAACCUCUUUGCGAAGAAGGCUGCUCCCUCUGAGGAAUUUGUCGUCAAUAGGCCGAUAGCCCGACCUCCUAGACCUCAAUUGACAAUUUCGACCGCGCAUACUUCCUCGUUCAAGCCGGAUGACCUACCACACAUUGAGCGAUCUCCGACUCGAGAAGAGCCUUCCUCUGCUUGGUCUGUCUCACCGACUCCACCCUCCCUGCCAUGGACGAAGAAUACAGUUGUUGCUACCAAGAACACAGCGCUUCCUUCUAUAUCCUUCUCACCACCGCUCCAUCCAGAGCAGCGCAGGAAAGCCAGCGUGCCUACUGACAUUGAGCCAUUCGACGAAUAUGGCUUCACUCCUCCGCAGGCCAAGGAACCAAGCCCGCUCGCCAUGCCGCUCCAUCACGCCUUCGAGCGGGUGCCCCCACAGCAUGCAACUGUCCCAUUGACGCUCUACCCGUCACAAGUGCAAGCUGCGCUCCUCGCUGCUAAGAACAAGCCAGCAAUGGCCCCUCCCCAGCCGGGGCUUGCGCCGUCCUUAAGCCUCCCACAAUCCGUCACUCCCGUAUCACGGCUUCUCACGACAGCUCACGCUCGGAAGUCUAGCAACACCAUAAAUCCGUUUGCAACUCCGUUUGACGACGACGCCUGUGCAGUAUCUCCGACGCAGAUGAAAAGGAUAACGAAUCCCUUUACUGGCCUUGCAUUGUAA